AAGCGAUAAAGUUAAUCCUAGGAUUCGUUUCACAAGCAUAAGCGCGACUUCAGUAUUGGAAAGUGUACAAACCGACUGUAAGCGCCUUGUAAACACACAGACAAACAGCAGUUGCAAUUUACACAACAUUGCACAUGAUUAUACCUUGGACUUACUCUUAGCAGCCUGAGAAAUAAGUAGACUACAAGCAAAUCGUAAUUUCAUAUUCAUAUGCUGAGUAUCAUUUACGGUCAUUCGGCAAGUAGCCGCGGUGCGGAUCACACGCGUCAGACCUUCCAAAGUUUUCGAUCGUCUCAGGCGUGAAAGUGAGUGCGUGGUGCGGGUGUGUGCGGAUGCGUUUGCGGUAGCGUUGUGGUGCAUUAUGGAGAGUGCGGUGCACGCGACUGUGCCGCUGCGGGUCGGCAAGAAGAUGAGGAAGAGGCGGGAGCUGGAUGCUCUGGUCGGGGGCGGCGGUUCCCGAGGAGGCCGGCUCCUGUCUGCGUCCAGCGAUGAAGGGGAGCCCUGGGGCCGCCGCACGUCCCGCCGCCGUCGCUCCAGACCCUUCGUCCGCCUUGCCGCAGCCCUAGCUUUCUGCGUGUGUGUAGUGUCAGCAGCCACCGUCCUCUGGCUCUUCGUCGAUGUGAGGAGACAGAUUGCUUCGCUUCGCAUUGAAAUGGAUAGAGUAUCAAGAAGCAGCAACAGUGUAGACGACGCGUUACAAGUAUGCCACACAACCGCCAAGGAGUUGCGCGCGAACGCCAGCGCUUUGAGCGAGAAGUUCGCACAGUUAGACUUGGAGCACAAAGAACUGAGCCAGCGGGUUGCUCAGGCGGCCCAGGACUUGGCUGUGGUGUCCAACCAGCUGUCCGCAGCUCCCAAGCUAGCUGACACGCCGCGAAGACUUGCGGAACUGCAGAGGACAGUCGCAACUUUUGGUUCACAGAUCAACGGUUUCGACAGUUCAAUAAGUUCGACCCACAAGCAGGCCUUAGCCGCGGUAGCAGGGGUCGAGGAAAUACGAACACUUCUGCAUCAGCUCGAUGCGAAGGCCAACGAAACAAUAGCCAACGUCACCGCCAACACGAAGAGAGACGAGGAUCUCCGAAGUGACGUCGGCUCGCUUAAUACCACGCUCACGAGUAAAAUUGAGGCCUUGCAGAUCAGGAUACAGGAAAUAUCCAAGCCAGUGAGCACAGUGCCGCCGACAGUGCCGACCGCAGCAACGGCAGGCAGCACGGCAGCCGUCGUCAAUGCUACCUCCACCACCACGACCUCGGUACCGCCAGGGAAGCCUGCUGUGCUGCAAUGAGGCAUACUCAAAGCCGUCAUUCCUCCAAACUCGUGAACCGAAGUCGGAUGACGAGAGAAACGCUCAGUCUUGAUCUCAAUACGUCCACACGACAAAUAUACACACGUAGACGUAACCGAGAGACGGAACGAAUACCCUCCAAGUAUAAUAAGCAUAGCCCUGUCGCCGUCGACGACCAAACCUUCGACAGGACGCGAAAUGACUCGGCCAUACACUACAGUCAAUAUUUUUACAACAAUUUUAUUUAAGUCAUCCUGUAUAUAGUACCCUUUUCUUGACAUUCUAAUUUUGAUUUUAUAAUAAAGUUCCCUGUUUAGUGUUCGUACUUAUAAAUACGCGUUUUAAUUGACUUGGUAUAGACUACUAUUUGACGGAUGUAUUAAUUUUAUUUAUAUUGACAGUAAUUUUAGUUUGUAAUUAUUUGUGAACGUCUUUUAUGAGAUGUGUCAACGAAAUAGUGAUGUGAGAUACACUAAUGCAAUAUCGGCGAGUGAGAAUUUCAGAUACAUUGUAAAUAUUUAAUUGUAAUUUAGUUUAAUGAGCGUAGUUAUACACACGCGAACGCACUGUGUGUCAUGUUGUCGGUACGAGUGUGAGUUUUAUUACUUGUAAUAAAUUAUUGUUAAUAGAUCAGUUAUUAUUACA